UGCUGUAGCGUGUGUCCCCCGCCCUCCGAGGAGACUGUAGGCUGAACACACAACAGCCUGUCCCACACAGCAUUUACUGCCACAGCCCCCAAGGCACCUGCUCCAAGCUUUGAGUUGCUCAAAGCUUCUGCUGACAGCGACCGGCGACCAUAGAAGCCCACAUCCUGGCAGGUGAGCAGGGUGUAGCUGGUAUCCUGGUGUUGGUGAUGUUGAAAUCUGGGGCUAGAAUCAUAAAGAAACUGCACUUCUAGACCAUUAGGACAUCCUCUCUUCGGCUCACUAGAUUCCAGUCACGCCAACACCUUCAGUCAUGGCCACCAACCAACCACCUCCAAUGGUUUUGCCAAAUGUCUUGAGGGGACCUGGGAGCUGAUGUGCUAGCUCAGCCGAGCUAGACUUCACGCUGAGCAGCUGCAGCCGAAGAAACCAGAGAAAGCGCCACCCAGCCCCAGAUUCCAAGAGGCCUGCCUGCUGGGGACUCCCUUCUCUUCUUCUUCCUCCUCUUCUUCCUCCUCCUGAGACUCUCAAAGUCACUGUCUCACACCAGUUCCUGAGCUGCAAUGGGACUGGCAGCCACCGCCCCCUGGCUGUCCUCCGCCCUGCCAAGCAGAUAGGGCGGUAGCUACCCCAGGACUAUCUGCCCCCUCUCAGCCUGGACCAGCCCUUUCUGGACUUGGUGGCCACCUUUGCUGACCCAAGGCCAUGUAGUCCCUGGCUCAGGCCUCUGGAUACACUGCUGGGGACAGUGCCUCUGCUCUCAGGGGGCACCCAGUGCACCACCAUGCCCUGGGGACUCGCCUGGUUAUACUGUCUUGGGAUCCUACUUGACGUGGCUUUGGGAAACGAGAAUUUGGAGAUAUGGACUCUGACCCAAGAUAAGGAGUGUGACCUUACAGGCUACCUUCGGGGCAAGCUGCAGUACAAGAACCGGCUUCAGUACAUGAAACAGUACUUCCCCAUCAACUACAGGAUUGCUGUGCCUUAUGAGGGGGUACUCAGAGUGGCCAACAUCACAAGGCUGCAGAAGGCUCACGUGAGUGAGCGAGAGCUUCGGUACCUGUGGGUCUUGGUGAGUCUCAAUGCCACUGAGUCUGUGAUGGAUGUACUUCUGGAGGGUCACCCGUCCUGGAAGUAUCUACAGGAGGUUCAGACAUUGCUGGAGAACGUACAGCGGAGCCUCAUGGAUGUGGAGAUUGGCCCUCACGUGGAAGCUGUGUUAUCUCUUCUGGGUACUCCAGGCCUAAGCCUGAAGCUGGUGCGGCCCAAAGCCUUGCUGGACAACUGCUUCCGGGUCAUGGAGCUGCUGUACUGUUCUUGCUGUAAACAAAGCCCCAUCUUAAAAUGGCAGGACUGCGAGCUGCCCAGGCUCCAUCCCCACAGUCCGGGGUCCUUGAUGCAAUGUACGGCUACAGAUGUGUACCCUUUGCCUCGGCAGACCCCCACCUCCCUGCCCGGAUCCCCAAGCUCAAGCCAUGGCCCGUUGCCCUGAGCAAUCUAUGUAUUGACCCUGGGUUGGGCCACUGGAUGCAUUUCAGAAACUGGCCUGGAUCUGAGACCUUCCUGGAUGGUGGGUAGGUAGCCUUUUAGGAAAGGCCUUCCUGGAAAGGCCUCCUGCCUUCUCUUCCACACCCAGGCUUCCUGCCUUCUGGUGACAUCACAGAGCCUCGGGGGAGGGAUGUGGAGGGGAGGGCUGGUUGCUAUCCCUUACAGCCACCUCUGCUUGUGGCCGGUCCGAAAUCUGCAAACACUGUUGCCCCACAGGCGGGUGGCCAAGAACGACGGGGUGCCUCCUAGGAUCCCAGGACUUAUUGGGGCUUUUCAGUUGUGCUGCCUGUGGGGUGCUGGGCCAAGGACCAACCAAAUGCCGUAUCUUGCCACGACGAUGCUCUUCCCAUUCCUUUUUCUAUUAAAUGGCCAUUUAUUUGGUUCGGCUUGCA